CUAAAAGCAGAGGAGGCGCAGGGCAGCAAUCCAAACAAAACCAGAUCAAGCAUUGCAGAAGAGUACAGAAAGCAAAGAGAAAGGAAAUGGCUUUAAAUGGAUUUGGACGUUUAAAGAUUCAAGAGCGUCUCUUAAGUGGAACAGUUUGCGCUGCGUUCCCCAGUCCCAGGAAUCCACCCUCUGCCGCCGCCGCCAUCUCCCCCCACAAGUCAACCUCUCUGUCCUUUUCCUCCUCCUUCCAAUUCCAAGGAUUUGUGGUGGAUAGGAAGCAGAGCUCCUCCUCUGUACAAAUUGCGGCAGUCCGCCAUUUGGAGGGAUCCGUGACCAAAACUCAAGGCCUUCGCUUUGCUGUGGUUGUCGCCCGUUUCAAUGAGAUUGUGACAAAGCGGCUCUUGGAGGGAGCUCUGGAAACUUUCCACAAGUAUUCUGUUAAUGAAGAAGACAUUGAUGUUGUCUGGGUCCCGGGUAGUUUUGAAAUUGGUGUUGUUGCGGAAAGGCUGGGCAAGUCUCGAAAGUAUCAUGCAGUUUUAUGCAUUGGGGCUGUGGUAGGAGGAGAUACUUCUCACUAUGAUGCGGUCGUUAAUUCUGCAACAUCUGGGGUACUAUCAGCUGGCUUAAACUCAGGUGUUCCUUGCAUCUUUGGUGUUUUGACUUGUGAUGACAUGGACCAGGCAUUAAAUCGAGCUGGUGGUAAAUCGGGGAACAAAGGUGCUGAGUGUGCUUUGACUGCGAUUGAGAUGGCUUCCUUGUUCGAGCACCAUCUUAAGUAGUGGCAUCGUUAUGCAUUACAUGAUGGGGAGCUCGAUUCAGUUUGACGCACCCCCAUGUGUUCCUGGUAUUUUCUUUUCUUUUCUCGUCAGUUGAGUUUUUUUGUGCUGUUGCUGAAGGAUCAUUGUAUGUGAAGACUUAUGG